CAUCUGUCUGCUCAAGGCGGAGCUGAAGUUACCGAGAGCGGGCGCGGGAGCUCGACGUGAUCCGCGGGGCGAUAAUCAUCCACACCGGGGGAAAUGCGCUAAUUUACCCGAGCAGAAUCUGACCGGCGAUCAGUUCACCGACUGCUCGGUUUAUUAAAGGCCUCUGUCGCUUUGGAUCGGACUCAAUGUUGCUCCUCUUCGGCCGCUUGAGCCGACCGACGGGCUCGACGCCUUCUGCCGUAGAUUUGUUUCAUUUUAGAGAAUUUUUUUUGGCGUCAAUCCAUGAAUAAAGCCGGGAAAUGUCGGACAUGUCAUCAGCUUGUGAAGCUUAACAACGACUGAAGCGGACUGACAAGAAGAAACCUGACCCAUAUUAAGAUAAUGUUACUGCUCGAGCAUCUGGACCAGAACCAAAUACACCGAUACUAAAUCUCGUUUAUAAACGCCGAUAACAACUGAGACGCGAUCGCUGCAGGUUUUGAGACCUCUCUAAAAACGGCUGAAGAACUGCGAGGAAGUGGAUCACACACACUGCAUGAAGUAUAAUCUCUCAAACGCCAAGCCAGCAUGGAGAAAAUGCGUUUGUAAUCUGUUUUUCAAAGCACACACUAACCCAAAGGCGUCUAAAAUCAUGCACUGCCUCCAAACCUUCAUUUGCACGGCUCAUUUCGGACUGCUCCUUCCGAGCACACGAGCUUGAACUUCGGUCGAUAAAGAAGAAGAGAAAAAAAGAAAAUCUUCUGGAACUUUUUUUUUUUUUUUUUUGGAGCCGAACACAUCCAGAAGCACCAGGACCAUCAUCAGGAUGAGAGUGCGGAUCCUAAACCGAACAUCAGUGCUGUCACUGGGGCUGUGCACAUUGCUUCUGCUCAGUGCUGUGGCUGCUGCUCAGAGUGAGGAGAGAGAGCGGGAGUGUGCUUUUAAUGACCAGCACCAGCAGGUGGAUGAGCAGAGCGUGGCUGCUGACUGGCACAUAACCAGAGAAAAUAACACCAUCCUGUGCAGUAAGAGCAGCCGCUGCUAUGGCCUGUGGGAGAAAACACAUGACGGAGAGAUCCGCCUGGUCAAACAAGGCUGUUGGACUUACAUUGGUGACCAGCAGGACUGCCAUGACGACCGUUGCGUGGUUACCACCACGCCGUCACAGAUCCAGAAUGGGACCUACAGAUUCUGCUGCUGCAGCACCAACAUGUGCAACGUCAACUUCACAGAGAACUGGGUGCCCAGCCCCACCAGCACCACCCAAGAGCAGCAGCCUUUACACAGGGAUGAGGCCAUCUUCAUCGCCCUCGCGUCUGUCUCUAUUGUAGCAGUCUUGAUUGUGGCGCUGUUCUUCGGCUAUCGCAUGAUGAUGGGCGAGUGUAAACAGGGUCUGCACAAUAUGGACAUGAUAGAGGCCGCACCGUCUGAACCAUCUCUGGAUUUAGACAGUUUAAAGCUUCUGGAAUUGAUUGGUCGAGGACGCUACGGUUCUGUCUAUAAAGGAUCGCUGGAUGAACGCCCAGUCGCCGUAAAGGUUUUUACCUACGCCAACCGGCAGAACUUUGUGAAUGAGCGCUCCAUCUACCGAAUCCCUCUUCUGGAGCAUGAGAACAUUGCUCAUUUUAUCGUUGGCGAUGAGCGUCUCACGGCGGAUGGGCGGAUGGAGUACCUGCUGGUUAUGGAGUACUACCCUCAUGGCUCUCUGUGUCGGUACCUGAGUCUGCACACGAUGGACUGGGUGAGCUGCUGUCGUCUGGCACAUUCGGUGACGAGAGGACUGGCCUACCUGCACACCGAGCUGCUGAGAGGAGAUUUAUAUAAACCCGCCAUUUCACACCGGGAUCUGAACAGCCGUAAUGUUCUGGUGAAGAACGAUGGCACGUGUGUGAUCAGUGACUUUGGCCUGUCCAUGAAACUGACGGGAAAUCGUCUCGUACGGCCCGGUGAAGAGGAGAACGCUGCCAUCAGUGAGGUGGGCACAAUCCGCUACAUGGCGCCAGAAGUGCUGGAGGGAGCGGUGAACCUCAGGGACUGCGAGUCGGCUUUGAAACAGGUGGACAUGUACGCCAUCGGUCUCAUCUACUGGGAGACCUUCAUGAGAUGCACUGACCUUUUUCCAGGGGAGGCAGUGCCAGAUUACCAGAUGGCCUUCCAGGCCGAGGCAGGGAACCACCCCUCCUUUGAGGACAUGCAGGUGAUGGUGUCCAGAGAGAAACAGAGACCCAAGUUCCCCGAAGCUUGGAAGGAGAACAGCUUGGCCGUGCGCUCUCUCAAGGAGACUAUGGAGGAUUGCUGGGAUCAGGACGCAGAGGCUCGUCUGACAGCGCAGUGUGCAGAAGAGCGUAUGGCAGAACUGCUGCUGAUCUGGGAAAGAAACAAACCCGUCAGCCCCACCAUCAAUCCCAUGAGCACAGCGCUGCAGAACGAGAGGAAUCUUACUCACAGUCGCAGGGCUCCCAAGGUGGGCUCUUAUCCAGAUUACUCUUCAUCCUCUUACAUAGAGGAUCAUGAAGGCAUGGUGAAGAACCUCCCAGGUGACGUCUCCACGUCUGGCACAUCCUCUGUGGGUGGCAUGGGUGUGAGCGGCAUCAGUGGCAGCGUGGCGGUGACAGGAGAGAAGAACCGAAACUCUAUCAACUAUGAGAGACAGCAGGCUCAGGCCCAAGCUCGGCUGCCCAGUCCAGAGACCAGCGGCACGAGUCUGUCCACCACAACCACUACAACAGGCCUCACGCCCAGCACCAUCAUGACCACCAUCUCUGAGUCAGGACACUCGGAGGAGGCCGGAGCCCGGGGAAGUGUACCAGUGUGCCUUCAGCUCACAGAAGAGGACCUGGAGACCACCAAACUAGACCCCAAGGAGGUGGACAAGAACCUGAAAGAAAGCUCUGAUGAGAACCUGAUGGAGCAUUCGCAGAAGCAGUUCAGCGCUCCUGACCCGCUCAGCUCGGGCAGCUCCAGCCUCUUGUACCCGCUGAUCAAACUCGCCGCAGAAGUGACCGGAGGAUCAGGAACUGGCAGCCAGGCUGAUUUCGGGGUGGGCGGCAGUGGAAUGGGUGACACUCCUACAGCCAUGUUCCCUCUUCCCAAACAGCAGAAUCUCCCCAAGCGGCCCACCAGCUUACCUCUCAACACCAAAAACUCUGACAGGGAGUCCUCGUCGUCACGGUUGAAGUUCGGCAAGCACAAGUCCAACCUGAAGCAGGUGGAGACGGGCGUAGCCAAGAUGAACACUGUAGUAACAGUCGAGCCACACUUGGCCACCGUCACUAACAAUGGGCCCAGUGUCCGCAGCGGUGUUGGAGUGGUCGUUGUUAAUGGAUAUGGUGGGGGCAGUGGCACUGGCUCAUCUGAUCCAUUUGGGAACACCAACCCAGCCGGGCCACAGGGUGACGGUGGUGCACCUCUGCUCCAGAGCCAGCUGAGUGGAGAAGACAGCCGCCUCAACAUCAACUCCAGUCCUGAUGAACACGAGCCCCUGUUGAGGAGAGAGCAGCCAGCAGCACGUGAUCACUCCGGUCGCACCAACUCCAAUAACAACAACAGCAACAUCCACACAACCGCCAUGAUUCGUACCUUAGCACCUGUAGACACCCCGAUGGAGACAUUAACCUGCCCUCCGGGGACACCAGAUGGAAGGGAUGAUGGGGUUCCUCUGAGACGGCAUAAGCCCAGGAGACCCGAGCGGCCAAACUCACUGGACCUGUCAGCAGUAUCCCAGGAUUCUUCUCUAUUGGAUGAGGUCGUGUCUCAAGAGGGAAAAGCCGGAUCGGCAGAGAAGAUUAAGAAGCGUGUGAAGACACCUUAUUCUUUGAAAAGGUGGCGUCCUUCUACAUGGGUCGUCUCUUCAGAAACGCUGGACGGAGAGGUGAAUAACAACGGGCACAGCCAGCAGACAGGGAUGGCAGCGACUGGAGGUGCUCACCCAAGUUCUGGCCAAUCGAAAUCCAGCAUCGCUGUGUUCCUGGUCAGCGGUGGAACUGCGACCACCGCUCUAACCUCCGACCCGCCAGAUAUGACCUGCCUGUGAACUCGAACGCAGGAGGGGUUCGUCUAUGGUAUAGUGCUCAAAGAACUGAUCCAGCUAAUGACCGAAAAGAAAUUCGCAAAACGUUUUUGGAAAGCCGACUCCUGAAGGGACGUAAUUUGGCAAGCACUUAACUUUUGUUGAACUUAAUCCGACUUGUUUUGAAGAAAUCGCUUUAAACCGAACCCAGCUAUGCAGCAACAUUGGCAUUAAAUGCUUCCAGUUGUUUUUGUUGUUUCUUUUUCGAUAGUUUUUAUGGUUGUUCUUUCAUUUGUUGCACUUUUAUUUUUCUAAGCAAUCUUAAACACAAAUCCUCCGACCGUGUCUGGUCUUAAAACUGAAAAACGUAAAUGACAAUGUGUUGAUUUAACAAUCAUAGUUAAUUAGGCGAAAUUCAAAUCAUGUCCAUCUAAAGAAAACAAAAAAGGCAGUGGUCUUUAAGACAGGGUUGACUUCAACUCUAAUACCGUUUACCUACAGUACAUUCAUAUGUUUUAUAUUUGAUGUAUGUCUCUGUGUACUCAGUUUUUUUUAAUAUAUAUAUAUUUUGAAAUGUGCAAUAGACUUUAGCUUUGAGGUGCUCCAUAAGACAAUUUCGUUUUGCUAUGUGUUUUUUGCCGCUUUUGUUUAUUUUAUUUUAAUAUCUCGAAGGACUGCACUUAGCAGUGGCAAUCCUGUGUCCAUUUGGCAACCCCAACUGCAAACAUCGAAACGUCCCACAAAUGACAAUCCCGCACCUUUUCACCAAUCCCACCACUCUAGAAAAGGGAAGUAAACAGAAAAUCUUGGGGUGUUUGCUUUAAAUACUGGACUUCUCACAAACUUCAACCAGGACACUUGGUUUUUUUUCCCCCUGUUACACUACAAGUCAGGCAUCAACCUGGACUGUUUGCUGGCAAUCAUGCUUUCUGAAGACACUGAAUAAUCAAGUCCAUCUCUGCACAUGCUCAGUGCAGUUUUACCUCUUUGGAAAGUGUAUGUAAAUGUGUGUGUAUGGGUCUACUUCUGCUUUACUGAGCUCCUCGGAUCACCGCUGAAAAGGCGUCAGUCAGACAAUACUAUCCACUACCCAUCUCUGCCAGGACAGUGAAUGUGCUUCAGAAAGAAAAAAAACACACAUAUACGUACAUACGCCAUGAACAAAAUAUAUACAGUAUGUACAGACUGAAGCUCACGGCUUCUUUACUUCUGUUUUAGCCUUUGUUAAAAUAAGCUGACAUGAUAGUGUACAAUAACAAAUCAUGAUUUUAUCCA